UUUAUUUUAAGUACCCCUAUUUGAUUAUGGUACAACCUAUGAUGUUCUUGGAGGUCCGACAUCCGGGGAUUGCGUGACCCACAUGACGUCAUACCCGGCGUCCCGCCCCAUGUGAGACUAGUCAAGAUGGUGUUGAUCAGAGAGUUCCGUGUUUAUCUACCGAUCACCGUUCCAGAGUACCAGGUCGGCCAGCUAUGGUCUGUCGCUGAGGCAAGCAAGAAUGAAACAGGAGGUGGCGAGGGUGUGGAGGUACUCGUCAACGAGCCCUUUGAGAAUGAGGAGAUGGGGAAGGGGCAAUACACUCACAAGAUCUACCAUCUGAAAAGUAAAGUUCCCAAGUGGAUAUCUAAGUUAGCACCUAAGGGAUCAUUAGAAAUGCACGAGAAGGCGUGGAAUGCUUAUCCCUACUGUAGGACCAUCAUCACAAAUCCGGACUACAUGAAAGAGGGUUUCGAGCUGAGGAUUGAGACAUGGCACAAAAAAGAGUUGAACCUAGAUAAUCCCCACAAGGUCCCGCCUGAAGUGUGGAGAAACGUGGAGAAGGUGGACAUUGACAUUGGAAAUGACCCGGUGGACAGGAGAGAUUACAACCCUAAGGAGGACCCCUCUGUGUACCACUCCUUCAAGACUGGCAGGGGGCCACUCAAGGGGGACUGGAUAAAGCAGCUGGGGAAGGAGGAGAAAGAGGCCCUCAUGUGUGCAUACAAGUUAGUUACUAUAGAGUUCAAGUGGUGGGGGCUGCAAACUGCAGUAGAGCACUUUAUCCAGAAGUCGGAGCGCCGGAUUUUCACCAACUUCCACCGCCAGCUGUUCUGCUGGCUGGACGAGUGGCACGGUCUGACAAUGGAGGACAUUCGCCGGCUGGAGGACGAGACCAAGCUGGAGUUGGACAAGCAACGCGCUGAAGAAGAGAAACGUGGCCACACGUUCGAGGAAUAAAGUAUCCCACAAAAGUGCAAAGAAAAGAAGGAGAGGUGCGCGGUACGAGGGAGACGUAACCCCCUUACCUCCACACGGACCACCCAGCCAUGCCACGUGCAGCGGGCUAUCCCUCAUAGCUACCCUCUAGAUUUGGUCUGACCUGAUGAACGGCCAUUUUAGUUAUCCUCCCACUGCUAACCUAGAUAUCACAAAGGGUUAGAGUCCUUGUAAAUAAACAAAUGAUGUAGGUGCCCCAAUCUCGGUAACAAAAACUGUAACUGUUACUGCUGUGAAUGUUACAACUGAUUUACUGGUACUGUGAGGUUGUUUCUUUUUCUUUGGUGUCCCCAUCAAAAUAGGCAUGGCCCAUAUCAGAGAUUUUAACUAUGAGAAAAUGAACACAGCAUUAAGUGAUAUUUGAUAACUGUAGGAAGUGAUAAGGGGCUUGGGAUGCUACCAUAUACUUGAUACAGUAGAUUUUCUCUGAUUUCCUAUACAACCAGUCUGUUGUUAUGUACUGUGAAACAAACUUAGUUCGAACCUGAAAAAGUACAGAUUGAUAUUAUUAAUUCUUUAGUGCCCCCAAGAGGGCGUGAUAACAGGGAAGUUGUCAGGGACUGUUGAUUAAUAGUUGGGAAGGAUAUACAGCUAAGUUGACUAAUAUAUAUAUUUUGUGAUUAAAAACUUCUAGUACUUGCUUUAAUGUCCGGAGCUUGUUACUGUUCACUGUUGUAGCCUGGUAUCCAUCUUCACUAUGCUCAUUAUCUUUCUAAGACAAAGCUGGAAAUAGAUGAAUGCCAGGCUAUGUUUAAUUGUAUUGCUUCCAAAUCUUGUAUAACAUUAAGUGUAAUUGUCUACAAAUGUAAAGGAGUGUAUAAUCUGGAACAAAACUCUGUAUUUCAGUUUAUUUGUGUGUUUAAAUUUACCAGCUCUGUCAAUCAUAUAGGAGACUACAGUACUACAGUACCUUUUUAUGUGAUGCUCACAUUAGAUAAUCCUAUGCUCUCUGUAAAAGAUCAGAUUGUUAUGAAGCCACAGAUCGAAAAGGUGGAAUGGGGUUUUACUAGUUGUAAUUUAUUCAUGGUAAAACUCAGAACUACAUGAACUACUAAAUAUGUGUCACUUUGUAUGCCCAACUGUGUCUAACUACUUCCAUUAAGACCACCUGAUGCAUGCAAACCUGAAGGCUAUGCAGAGUAACAGAGUGCCUGUAAAGUGUGUCCCCAGGAAACAUAUUCCAGUUGGAUGGAAGAAAAAAAAAGAUACCGGCGGUAGCUUCCGUCUUACUGUGAUUUGAAGAAUUACGAUUACCUGUGACGUGUUCCUUGUUGUAGACAUAAGCUACAGUACUGCACUCUAUUACACUGCAGUUAUCACCUAGGAGCACAGAAAGAUCCCAACAUCUACUGGUUCAUGUAUGUCUGCGAGUCUUAGAGAUAGGCCUUACAUUUGUGUGUCUGUGCAUAGCCUAGCAAGGUGCCCCUUAGCAAUUGCCUGCUUCUUGUAGUCUGAUUGAGAUUAAAUAGCAAAUGGGAGAGUCCAUGGGGCACUAAGGAUAACAUUGCAGAUUCCCUGUCUGAAUUUCUCUCGGCUAGAAAUGUCUAUUUUGAUUGUACUUGUGAAGAUAGUUGAUGUGUAGUUGAGCAGGCAUGUGGAUCGCAGUGUAUGCUUGUAUAGCAUCAAUGUUUCUGGAGGGGAUAAUUUCUUUUAUGAAACUUUUGACUUACUUGAUAAUUAGAAAAGAUGUGCAAAUAGACCUGUUAGUCUGUCUUUGUGCUUGGGCACCCUGUAACCCUGCCAAGCAAAAUUCAACAUUUAAAGCGUUAGCAAAUUGUCCCAGUGACACAUACGCAGCACAGAUUUCUUUCAUGAAAAGUUUGGGUGCUACAAUAUUGUUCAUGUGACCUUUGAAAGCCUCUGAGCAUGCACAGUUCUGUGGCUAUGCAUUCAUGCAUAUCAUCUGUGAAUAGACACUGGUUUUUGUGUGAUUUGAGUGGUCCAAUAAGAGGCACCUGCCUUUACAGAAAUGUCUAUACUGACUAGUCUGAUGAGUCAAGAGUAAUAAAAGGUGUUUCAAUAUCA